AAAAACGAGCGCGCGGCCAUGUUGAAUUGUCGAUAUUCCGAAAGAAGAGACAAAAGAGCGAAAACUCGGUGGAUUUCUCGAAACAGCGAGUAUUUACCGAACUUAAUUAUACCGUCGAUGAAACAUUAAGCAACGACACAACGGGGAAGACUUUUGGUGGAAGUAGCAAAGUGAAGGUAGCAUCGUUCUCCGGCUGGGUAACCUGGAUUGUGUUUGUUGAUCGGCAAAUCCCAAAGCACUUUGCAGACUGUCAACUUUUGCUGCAGAAGUAAAGGAAACUGGAACCAGAUAACCACAGACAUUUAAAGUGGACUAUCCAUGUUUUUGGACAUAAAUGCUGGGGUGACCUUUUUGAGCCAGUAUUGAGCCCCAGCAAGAACAUUUGAAGACUUUUUGAUGUCAAAGGAACACAUCAUACUAGUCUGAGGCGUGACCAAGCAGAUCCUAUUUUACUACUGGCCUUUUUUUGAAUGUAUACAAAAUAGCACUUGGACCUAAAAAGCCAAGCUACUUGAAGAACAAAUAAGAAAAUUCUGGAUCAUUAUCAUCAUUACAGCAAGGAUAAAAGUACUCUGAAAAACAAUUUUGAAAGAAAAGAGUAUGUUUUGGUCACACAUUUGAUUUAUUUAUUCAUAUGAAUGUUAAUUUCUCCCUUUUUUGGAGAGUUGUCUUGUAAAUAGACAUAAUUCAUACGCAGACCUCUUCUUUUCAAGAGGUCUUAACGUCAAAUUGUGUACACAAUACAUUCUUUAAAAACGACAGACAAGUUUUUAUUUUUUCAGCUUUUAGGUAUUUUUUUACACGCGGGUGCAUUCAGCAAAACGGAUCAGUGAAAAAGACACAAAUAUAACACACUGAGGAAAAUUGCCAGUGGAUGUGUUGAACCGAUGGCUACAGCAAGAACCGCAAACCCGUCGCCAAUGAUUGGAUUGAACAAACCAGCAAAUGGGCAGCUCAGAGGACCGACGGGGCUCCUUGCGAGUGCCCAACAGCCGAGUGCCCUCCAGAAAAGGACAGGCAUUCCUCAAAGCAGUGGGGGCAUCAAGUUUGGUGAUGACUGGAAGAAAUGCCUGGAGCUUCCUCCGAGAGACACCAGGAUGAGAACUUCGGAUGUGACUUCAACUAAGGGAAAUGAAUUUGAAGACUACUGCCUAAAGCGUGAACUGCUAAUGGGAAUCUUUGAAAUGGGAUGGGAGAAACCGUCUCCUGUCCAGGAGGAAAGUAUCCCCAUCGCUCUGUCAGGCAGAGAUAUUUUGGCUCGGGCAAAGAAUGGCACAGGAAAAAGUGGAGCCUACCUCAUCCCUCUCCUGGAGAGAAUAGACCUGAAGAAGGAUCACAUUCAGGCCAUAGUAAUGGUGCCAACAAGAGAGUUGGCCCUGCAGAUGAGCCAGAUCAGCAUUCAGCUCAGCAAGCACCUGGGGGGAGUCAAGGUUAUGGCUACCACAGGUGGCACCAACUUGAGGGAUGACAUCAUGCGUCUUGAUGAGACAGUGCAUGUAGUGAUUGCUACACCAGGCAGGAUACUAGACCUGAUCAAGAAGGGUGUGGCAAAAAUGGACAGAGCCCAACUGAUUGUGAUGGAUGAGGCAGAUAAGCUGCUGUCCCAGGACUUUGUGGUCCUGAUUGAAGAUAUAAUCAGCUUCAUGCCAAAGGAUCGUCAGAUCCUGCUUUACUCUGCCACUUUCCCCAUCAGUGUGCAAAAAUUCAUGAGCAAGCACCUGAAGAAGCCUUAUGAGAUCAACCUGAUGGAGGAACUGACCUUGAAGGGCAUCACUCAGUACUACGCUUACGUGACUGAAAGACAGAAGGUCCACUGUCUCAACACACUCUUUUCUAGGCUUCAGAUCAAUCAGUCGAUCAUCUUCUGUAACUCCACCCAGAGGGUCGAGCUUCUGGCCAAGAAAAUCACCCAACUGGGAUAUUCGUGCUUCUACAUUCAUGCAAAGAUGAUGCAGGAGUACAGGAACCGCGUGUUCCAUGACUUCAGGAAUGGUUUGUGCAGAAACCUGGUCUGCACAGACUUAUUCACUCGGGGAAUUGACAUCCAGGCAGUGAAUGUGGUCAUCAACUUUGACUUCCCGAAAAAUGCAGAGACCUACCUGCAUCGCAUUGGCAGAUCAGGGCGUUUUGGUCACCUGGGUCUGGCCAUCAAUCUGAUAACUUCAGAAGACCGCUACAACCUCAAGAAUAUUGAGGAUCAACUGGUCACUGACAUUAAGCCCAUCCCCAGCUGCAUCGAUAAGAGCCUGUAUGUGGCAGAGUUUCACUCUGUUGACCCAGAUGCUGAAGACGACGACAUCGAGGCCGGAGCCAGAAACAAGGAACUGGGAGGAAUCUGAGUCAAUGGAGAAACACGGCGCCUGGCAUUCAUCACACAAUAUUGGCUAUGCAUCACACAAGAUCCCAAGUGAUGAUUUCUGUUCCCCAUUUUAGAUUUAUUUUUCAUUUCCAGUUUUUGAGUUUACAACCAUCUCCAGUUCUGUCUGUGCAUACUUUGGUAAACUGCCACUUCAAUCAGUUGAACUUUCUGCCACACCGACAUACAUGGUCACUGUACAUGUGAUUUGGGCUAUGUCUGUUAUUGAAUUCUGCCACUCGACAAUAGAUGGCCAUUGUCAUUAACUUUUUUUUGUACUUUGCUGUAAGAAUGAAAAUGUGAAACCAAAGGUAGACUUAAAGAAUAGAGCCCAGCUCACAUUCUCUCUGCAGAUGAACUACAUAUGGCAUUGUGUACAUCCUGCUGACAUGCCUUUUUGAGCAGAUGCUUUCGGGCCCCCCCCCCACUCAGUGGCUACUUUAUUUGAUACACCUUAUUUGAUUCAACAAGGUGCUGGUAACAUUCCUCAGACUGGUUCGUGUUGAUAUGACUGCCUCAUACAGUUGCUGCAGAUUUGUCAGUUACCCGUUCAUGCUGCGGAUUUCGUGUUUAACCUCAUCUCAAAGGUGUUGGCUUGAGAUCUGGUGACUGGAGGCCGUUGGAGACUCAGUCAUGUUUUGAGGUGACUUGGUCCGUGAUGUGGCAUCUUGCAAAGGAAUGGCCAUUAGAAGACGGGUAGACUGGCCAUAAAGGGAUGCACGUGGUCGGCAACAAUACUUUAGAAGGCUCUGGCAUUUAAACGAUGCUCAGUUUGUGUUAAAUGGCCAAAAAGAUAAGUAUCAUUACACCGCCACCUUCAUCGUGAAGUGUUGGCUCAAUUAAUUCACACAUUUCUGACCCUACUAUCUGCAUUGCCAGGAAACAUCGUUCCAAUCAUCUGCUGUGCAAUGUUGGUGAACUUGUCUCGUCCAGCCUCCGUUUUCUUUGUCUGUAUAGAUCUGCUGUAACGACUGGUUAUAUGUUAGUGUCGCCUUCCUUUCAGCUUGAACCAGUCUGGCCGCUCGCGUCAUUAACGUGGCACUUUUCCCCUCACAGCUGCCACUCAUGAGGUGUAUGUGUUGUUUUGUUGUUGCCUGUAAACCCGAUAGACUUGUGUGAAAAUCCCAGGAGGUUAGCACCAACAAUCAUUCCACAGUCACAUUUCUUCCCCAUUAAUGUUUGACCCUGUCUGCAUGCGUUUAUGCUUUUGAGUGGCUGAUUUAGAUAUUUAAGGUGCAAGUAAUAAUGUUGCCACUGAGUUGUUUUUGCCAUCAUUCCAGUUGGUUAUUAAACCAUUUCUCACCAACGUCCCUGCUGUCAUGUGGGGAUGCAGUGGUAAAAUAAGGCAGAUUGUACACGCACAUCCGUAGUUUAACCAAAUUAACAAAAGGCUUCAAAAGGGAACCAAAGUUGGAAGAGUAGACAAAGAAUUACAAAAGUAAGAAUAGAGAUGACUUCAGAAACCAAAAUGACCACUUUGCUCAGAGUGAUGUUUUAAAAGAGGGCUGCUAUGGUGCUCCAGUAGAGCACCUGAGACAUUGUUGCUGUUAGUGAACUUGCUACCUUUUUCUUUUCUUUAAAGUGUUAACUGCAGAAAUAAGAUGUUUAAAGAUGACAGUUUAAUGUCAGUGACACUGUAGUGCAUUUUGUCAAAGCACAGAUCCAAUUAUGACAAGUCAGUAUUUAGUUGUGACAUUUCUUUGAUCCCCCUUUUUUUUUUUUUUAAAGCCAUAGCACCAGGCAGCAUCUUCUCAGGUCUUGAGGUUAUCAGUAAUUAACAUGACUGGAUGAGAGGAGACUUGGUUAACAUGUUGAAACCGGCCAACUUGUUCAGUCAUUUUAAUGUAGAUUCUGUGUACCUUCUUCCCUCCACAGUGCCUUAAGGGCCAGUGUGUAGUAUUUAGGGGGAUCUAUUAAUAUAAUAUUCAUAACUAUGUUUUUGUUAGUGUACAUCUACAUGGGGAGGGGAUUCUUUUCCUUGGAGUCCGUUAUGUAGCUCAGAACAGACGCACCAAACUCGAGCUCCAGAGAGCCUUUUACGUUACCUGAAGGCCACAGUAUUUCUAAAACAGGCUUAUAAAUUUAAAUAAAACGAAAGCCGGCACCUGAAGUUCAUGAGCGAGGCAAAGUCCUGACAGAUACCACAGUGUUGCCACUGUUUUUGCCUUCGGCGGCUCGUUAUGGCAGUCUUGGAAAGGAAGGGGUGAGCGGACAGGUAUUCGGUUUGUUGAAUCUGCAGUUUGAAUCCUACACACUGUCCCUUUUUCUUUCUUUCUUUCUUUUUUUAUCCAAUGUCAAACCUCUACGUUGCCCAGGCUCGUCUACCAAGUUUAUAUUGUAGAUAAAAUGGCACCCAAACAAUUCCUUCUUAGUUUCAGUUUUGAAAGUUUUUUAUUAUUUUAAACGGUUGCAGUUUCUCCUUAUUUGUAAGAAAUGCGUUUUUUGUCUUAUGACAAAUUGUAAAUAUGACCAGCUGUCUGAAUAUAUUACAGCCUUGGACUUCUUGACUUCAGCACAAUGUCAAAAAAAGAUGCAUUUCAAACGAUACUUUUUGUUUUCUUGGCAGACCAUUGCAUUACUGCCAAGCACCAGCAAAGAAGGGACCGGUGUGUGUGCGUGUGCCCUCUUCUAAAGCUUCUGAAGUUGUUAUUGGUCAUAACUUUCUUAAUGUCUGACUCUGGAAUGCCCUUGUUGAUGAUAGAUUUUGGUUCCCCAAUUUUUUUGGCCUUAGUGCAGGCAACACUUGAAUCAAUACAUGGCCAUUUGCUGAGUGGGUUUGUAACCUGAGACCAUUUUGUCCCAUCACUGUAUUCUGGAGAAAUGAAUACCCUCAUGACUUGAUGACCAGAUGCUUCGUUAAGUAGACAGACAGGCAACCAUUUUCUGUUAAUUGUGUCAAUGCCAGCUCCUGAAACAAAUUAAACUCCCAACUGACAAAC